AUGUUCUCACAUAAUACAGAACUGUUUGUUAUUCUGACCUUUGUGUCUGGCUCAGCUGCUCUGUACUGUUUGUCCUGUACUGAUUCCGUCUCUCCCAGACAUUGUCACACGGUCAGAAAAUGCAGUGAAGGGGAGGUUUGUUUUACGGAGAGUCAUACUUCCGAGAAUGGUGCCGUUGUCUAUGACACUGGAUGUGCUACUUCGCAGACAUGUCGAACGAAACGUGCUCACCAUGAUAAAAUAAAGAGCUUGCACGGCGUGGAUCCACAUUAUCACCAUAGUCAGUGCAUGGAAUGCUGUUCUUCUCAUCUUUGUAACAACCAAGGAUGUGGACAACCAGGAUAUCCAAUGACUCGUGGACCUGCCUGUUUUGACUGUCAACAAGUAUCCGAUCCUAUGUUGUGUGAUAAAAUAAAAGUAUGCGAGAUCAACCAGGUGUGCUAUCUUCAAAAGGAAAUGGAGUUUGGAGACGUCCUCUUCGCAUCAAGUUGCAUCAACAAACAUGCUUGCACGUCUGAUGUGGACAUAUUUGGAAAAAGAAAUCUUCAAAGUUGUUCUAGAUGCUGUCUGGCAGAUUUAUGUAACAAUGAAUGCGGUGAUUUGGCUUUUCCUUCCUCCACCUCAACUUCCUCACUGGCAUCGACAACAACAGUUACACCAUCAACUACUCAAGCACCAAGAUCAAUGGGUAGCAGAGGCAGAGAGUUUUUUACCUUAUUUAUGAAGAAUUAUAGAGCGCUUCGGAACUUGACUGUUUACAUAACAACAAACAACGAAACAACUGUUAAAAUAUUAACAUCCCCUCACUUGAAUGCAAACAUUCAAUCAGUUUUUAAUUUUACCUCCAACUUUAAACUGGAUCUCCCCUUAAACCUUGACUGUGAAUAUUUUACUGUUGAACCUAAAGGUCUAAUACUACAGACCUCUGAAUUAUCAUCUGUAACAAUAUUUGAUAGUUUUUAUUUGACCUCAAACGAUGGGACGCUGAUAAUUCCAACACAGAAACUCUCGAACAAAUAUAUUGUUUCUUCAACAGAUCCACAUUAUACUGAUAGUGAUUAUUACAGUCAAUUUGCUAUUGGUGCACUCUAUAACAGGACAAAUGUAGAGAUUAUAUUCAAAUUCAAGCACAAUACACCUCUCACUAUACAGGGUAAAUCAUACAGAGACGGAGAUAUUUUCACAGUAAUGUUAGAAAGAUUUGAUACCUUACAAAUUGCGCAUACUACAGAUCUCUCUGGCUCCUUUAUAACGUCUACGAAACCUAUCGCAGUCUUUUCUGGAAAUCGAUGUCAAGAUUUGAAAGAUGGUUGCAGUCACAUGGUAACACAGCUUCCUCCGACAACCGAGAUAGAUACUCAAUAUAUUAUACCCCCUUUCUACCACAAUGCCGGGACAUUAAUUCAAGUGCUCAGUGAGAAUCGUAGUUCCAUUACCUCCAGUGUCGGAAGCAGUGUUUCAAACUUUCAUUUAAAUGAAAAAGGAUACAAGAACAUUGAAGUAACUUCAAAUGUGACAACAGUUAUAGAAUCAGAUCAUCCUGUGUUGGUUACUGCUUUUGGAAUGGGUAUUCCCUAUCAUCCUUAUGUGACAGUCGUACCAGGUGUACAUCAAUAUCUUGAUUACUAUAAGAUUAUUGUACCAGCAGGUUAUGAGGAAAAUUUUAUCUGCGUGAUAGUUUCAUCUCAAUCACUGAACAGUCUACGGAUUAACGGUUUUUCAGUUUCUCAUUAUACCUCUGUGUACCAGAGCGCAUUGACCCUAACUAAACAUUUCAGUAUUCGUACCUUUAAAGUCCAAAGUGGAACAUUUGUUUUGUCUACAACUGAUGCUUCUCAGUUUGGGUUAUUUGUUUAUGGUCAUCGACAUGCUGAUGGUUACGGUUUUGCUGGGAACUUUGUUCACCCAUAAAAUGUUAA